CUCCGCGUCCGUCAGAUUUGACGUGUGCGUAUGAAACGGACGGUCAGGAGGGACGGGCAGGUGACAGAUGCGGAUGCGCGCGCACCCUCGGUGCUGCCUCAACUUGCCGCUUAUUUUUAGUUCUUUGGAUCGGGGCGCGGAGUGUGGACGUGUUUACGUGAAAAUUACGUGGAUCGUUUAGGAAAAGUUUCGCGAGAUACGGACGGAACGGAACACGGGCUACGACAGGCACACGGCACCGACCGAAGGAAAGGAAUAAGCUCUGCUCUGUGCGGUGCAGUGCAGUAAGUGUGCUUGGUUGGCGGCGUAUUUUUCAAGUGUCCCGAUCGCCGACGCACGAUGUCCCAGCAGCCGCACAGCCCGACGCCCAACAGGCGGCAAUCCUCCAGGCAAUUGCGUGAAAGGAAACAUAAGAAAUUAUACUCAGAAGAUUGGGCGCUCGGGGAUGAUGAAAUCGAAGGACGCAGGUCAUUUUCUCUGCAGGAAAAAUUGGAUGACCCUGGCUUCGCUGCCCACAAUAUCGUUAAAGAAAUGCACGGACAAGAACUCACUGUUGCGUAUUUGCAAAGACACGGUUUCAAUACGCCCUUGCUUUUUAAAGAAAAGUCCGGACUCGGUCUGAGGGUACCGACGAAUAACUUUACCAUAAACGACGUCAGGAUGUGUGUUGGAUCCAGACGCAUCCUGGACGUCAUGGACGUAAACACUCAGAAGAAUAGCGAAAUGACUAUGAAGGAAUGGCAGAAAUAUUACGAGGACACGGACAAAGAUCGAUUACUGAAUGUUAUAUCGUUGGAGUUUUCUCAUACGAAACUGGAGAAUUACAUACAGACACCAACGGUGGUUAGACAAGUUGAUUGGGUGGAUUGCGUGUGGCCGAGGCACCUGAAGGAGAGUCAGACUGAAGCAACAAAUUUGUUGGAAGAUAUGAAAUAUCCUAAGGUCCAGAAGUACUGUUUAAUGUCAGUGAAAGGAUGCUACACAGAUUUUCACGUCGAUUUUGGUGGAACCUCCGUCUGGUAUCAUAUCUUGAAAGGUGGUAAAGUCUUCUGGCUCAUACCGCCCACAGAACCUAAUUUGGAACUGUACGAGAAAUGGGUUCUUUCCGGCAAGCAAUCGGACAUAUUCUUCGGCGACACCGUAGAGAAAUGCGCAAGAAUUGAACUUAAGGAGGGUAACACAUUCUUCAUCCCAACUGGUUGGAUACACGCCGUUUACACACCAGUCGACUCGCUGGUGUUCGGCGGAAACUUUUUGCAUUCCUUUGGUAUCGAUAAGCAACUAAAAAUUGCGCAAGUCGAAGACACGACAAAGGUGCCUCAAAAAUUUCGAUAUCCCUUCUUCACUGAGAUGCUUUGGUACGUUCUAGAACGCUACGUUCAUUGCAUUUUGGGAAGAUCUCAUCUCUCGAGCGGUACGGAUGUUGUGAUUCCUCCUGAACGACCGCAUAUUCACUUAACACAUUCCGAGCUGCAUGGCCUUAAGGCUAUCGUGUUUUAUUUACACAUGCUUCCACAUAACAAGAAGAACGUACCAGAUCUAAUCAAAGACCCAGUCGCGCUAAUCAACGAUGUUAGAACGUUGAUUGGAUUACACAGACAAGACUCUCGAGAAUUAGCCAUUACUGGUCGCCCUAUUUUAACUGUUGCUGAGGAGCAAGAGAACAAAAUGAAGCAGCCUCUUAUAAAGUCGAUGCAAAAAACUCCACCAACUUUCAAGGGUCCCGCAAAACCGUCAACCCCGAAAACUCCUAAGGGACCGCCUGGGGCUAACGACAAGGGUGGACCACGAAGAAGGAGGACCAGAUGCAAGAAAUGCGAGGCGUGUCAGAGGAAUGACUGUGGAGAAUGCAGUUUCUGCUUAGAUAUGGUGAAAUUCGGUGGACCUGGUAGAGCCAAACAAACGUGUAACAUGCGUCAGUGUUUACAACCAAUGCUUCCGGUGACUGCUGCUUGUGUGCAUUGUGGAUUGGACGGUUGGGGACAAACGCCAAUUAUACCCCUUCAGAAAGGUCCUCAAAGAUGCGAGAGUGCCAGCAGUUUAAUGGAAUGUUCCGUUUGCUACGAGAUCGCGCAUCCAAAUUGUGUUCACCGACUGUGUUCCCAGUUUUCUGGUUACAUUAACGAGGAUAUGCCUAAUUCAUGGGAAUGCCCGCUGUGCUGUAAACUCGGAAAGAACUCGGAUUACCGGCCUAGGCAUUUCAGGGCACGCAAUAAAUCCUCAGAUAUGCGGCGGAUGUCAAUAAGUUCGGACGCUUCCAGUGCAUUGGAUAUUAAGCAAGAAAAGGAUGCUUGCAGUGAUAGUAACAGUGAUAGCGAGAAGGAUAGAAAGGAAAGUGUGCCAGUGAAAAAGCGCCGAUUAAGUGAUCAAGAGGAUAUAAAACCGGUAAUUAGUGCGAGCGUAACGCCGACGCCUUCUCCGACGGUGACUGCUGGAAACAAAUUGGCUGUGCGCAUGCACUUGGCCCAGCAAAUAACCAGCGGCACCAACAGACUGUUAAAGAAACCGAUGUACGUGGUACGUCCCACACCGAUCUCAACGGCAGGACAAUUGUCCGCAGCCAGCAACGCUUUGGACCGCAGAAUAAUGAUACCAGUGUUUAAAUAUUUGUAUCCUAAAGAUCUUUAUACGUGCAGUUUGGUGUGCAAAACUUGGUCCACGUUUAGCAUCGAUCCUCAGCUGUGGAAGAACAUGAACUUCUCGCAGAAGCACAUAACGUCCGAUCAUUUGAAGGGAAUCGUGCGCAGACAACCGGAAACAUUAAUACUCGAUUGGUGCACAAUCAAUAAAUAUCAGCUACCUUGGCUGAUCCAGAGAACCCCGUGCCUAAAAGAGUUAAGCCUGAUUAGCGUUAAUUUGCAUCCGGUGAUUGCACUGAGAACGUGUUAUUGUGCCCAAAUACAGGUGCUCGACCUGAGUUUUGUUACUGGAUUCAAUGAUUCUGCCCUCAGGGAAAUCUUAGGACCCAAUAAUGACUCGCGACAGGUCUUCACCGAUGAGAAAAUACGUUUGCGCAAUCUGCACACGUUGAGGAUGGCUGGCACCGAUAUCACGGACAUCGCAAUGCGUUACGUAACUCAGUAUUUACCUAAUUUAAAGCACCUGAGCUUGAGUUCUUGCGCUCGUAUCUCAGAUGCUGGCAUCGCCCAGCUAAGCACGAAACCAGCUAACACUGUCACAAAUUUGAUUUCGCUCGAUUUAAGCCACUCCAAGCUGGUGACUGAACAGAGUUUGGAACAUUUAAGUAAAUGCGUGAAUCUUGUUAAGCUGGACCUGAGGCAUUCCGCCCAAGUGUCCACGCAAGCUCUGAUCAAGUUUGCAGCUAAAAGUGACAACAAUUUACAGGUACGCGACAUAAAACUCGUCGAUCGCAGACAGACUAAAGUUAACAUCUAAUUAGUGACUCCAAUAUUAAACAGCAUUUAACCUGUGCAAUUAACAAGUUGGUGGUUACAAGCAGGAAAUUUAAUAAAGAAGUGCAAUUGUGGGUCAUCUCCACCAACAUACAUAUAUAUAUAUAUAUUUUCACGUAGUUCCCUUUUAAAUUUUCACCUUUUAUCGAAUUGACAAAUCGAAUUUCUUUCAUUUUUUUUUGUAUCGCCGCUGAUUCGUGGUACACAUAUACAUGUGUUUUUAUUUUUACAUAAUAGAUUAUUUACAAACA